UUCUGUUGCCGCCAUGGCGAACCCAGACUCUCGCUACCCCUCCUCCUCCAUCGAGGAUGACUUCAACUAUGGCAGCUGCGUGGCCUCUGCCAGUGUGCACAUCCGAAUGGCCUUUCUAAGAAAAGUUUAUAGUAUCCUUUCUCUGCAAGUUUUCUUAACUACAAUGACAUGUACAGCUUUUUUAUACUUUAAGUCUGUACGGACAUUUGUACAUGAAAGUCCUGCCUUAAUUUUGGUGUUCACCCUUGGAUCUUUGGGUUUGAUUUUAGCAUUGACUCUGAACAGACAUAAGCAUCCCCUUAAUCUGUACCUGCUUUUUGGAUUUACAUUAUUAGAAGCUCUGACUGUGGCCGCUGUUGUUACUUUCUAUGAUGUAUAUGUUAUUCUACAAGCAUUUAUACUGACUACUGCAGUAUUUUUUGGUUUGACUGCAUAUACUCUACAAUCUAAGAGAGAUUUUAGCAAAUUUGGAGCAGGACUAUUUGCUGUUUUGUGGAUUUUGUGCUUAUCAGGAUUCUUGAAGUUAUUUUUUUAUAGUGAGACACUGGAGCUGGUCUUGGCUGCUGGGGGAGCCCUUCUUUUUUGUGGAUUCAUCAUCUAUGACACUCACUCAUUGAUGCACAGGCUGUCACCUGAAGAGUAUAUAUUGGCUGCCAUCAGUCUUUACUUGGAUAUCAUCAAUUUGUUCCUGCACUUGUUGCGUUUAUUGGAAGCAGUUAAUAAAAAGUGAUUGAA